AUGGCAAAAGAAUUAACAGACGAGCAUGUUGCAUUGCUAAAAAUGAUGUUCACUGAGUUUGAUCAGGAUCUUGAUGAUAAACUCGAUGCUAGUGACUUUGCUAGAGCUGUACGCACGGUGUGUGUUUCCAUUGGGCAACCCAUCACAGAAAAUGGAUCGAAGGCGAUAGCACAGGAGUAUAGUGACGGUACAGGUUUGUUUGGGUUCGAUAAAUUCAUAGCUGUCAUUACUGCAAAGAUGGUCCAAGCUUAUACCACAGUUGAAAUGCGCAAAAUUUAUCGGGGCAUGGAUCGGGAUGCCAAGGGUUUUAUAACUGUUGAUGAGAUGCGGCAAAACUUUGGUGAUCGUUUGACGGAGGACGAAAUACAAGAGGCUUUUCAAAAUUGUACGGAUGGCAAGUUUAAGUUUGAUGACUUCUACAAGCUCAUGAAUCCAUUUAAAAAUUAA